AUGAAGAACAAAAAAGGAGGGAGAUUUAAGUCUUCCUUUAAAUUGAGACAGAAAGGCAUUAAAGUAGUAGGAAAAUGGAAAACUGUGCAAAUCGACCCGAAUCUAUUUGCUGAUGAAGAGUUUGCAGAUAUAGUAUGCUUGGAGGAACUUACAGACUACAAACUAGUAAGUUCUUCUAAAGUGGGAAAAGUAGAAGAGAAGAAGAGAAAGGCUGACAGUAUUUCAGAAGGCGGCAAUGAGGAGGAUGAAGCAUCUGUUGUCCCUCCCAAAAAGAAAAAGAAAAACAAAAAUUUGAGAAGCAAAACAAAUGAAAGCAGCAAUCCUAAUGCAGCAGAUAUUGAUGUGUUGGUUGGUGAAGAGGCAAAGUGCAAGAAAACAAGCAAAGUAGCAAAUGGUGAGGACCAUGGACAGGGGUCUGAGAGCAAUUCAAAUAUAAAAGAUGCUCAGAAGAAAAAGAAGGCAUCUAAAAAUAAGGCUUCUCAAGCUCAGGAAGCUCUUCCAUCAGUAUCUACUUCUAAAAAGGUUAAAAACUGGACAACAGAAGUUUUAUCUGCCUCAACUGAUCACAAGGCUGAUGUGUCUGCAUGGAAAGACCUGUUUGUACCUGAACCAGUGUUGCAGGCCUUGAGCUACUUGGGAUUUAGUGCUCCAACUCCUAUUCAAGCCUUAGCCUUGCCUUCUGCCAUCCGGGAUAACAUGGAUGUUCUUGGCGCAGCAGAAACAGGAAGUGGCAAAACGCUUGCAUUUGCAAUUCCAAUGAUUCACUCUGUGCUGCAGUGGCAAAAAUCAAACAGUUCCACAUCCAGAAAUGACAGUGUUUCUAAAGAGUCCCAUCAACAGCAUGAUGAAACAAGAUGGGAAAAUGAGGAUGAAGCAAAAAAACUAACUUAUCAGCAGGUUGAAGACUGUGGAGGUGAAGAUGAUGCAUCUUUCGCAGCAGGGUGUGUGAAGGUGCUGGAAAAUUUUGAAUUUGAUUCUGGUGACAAGACACAUAAUGUUGCCUCCCAUAAAAAAAGACCUCUUUUAGGACUGGUUCUCACUCCUACAAGAGAAUUAGCUGUACAAGUGAAACACCACAUUGAUGCAGUUGCAAAGUUUACAGGAAUUAAGACUGCAAUUCUAGUAGGAGGCAUGGCUACACAGAAGCAAGAACGUGUGCUGAAUCGAAAGCCAGAAAUUGUUAUUGCAACCCCGGGUCGUCUGUGGGAGUUGGUUAAAGAGAGACACCCACAUCUUUCAAAUCUUCGGCAGCUCAGAUGCCUUGUGAUUGAUGAAGCAGACCGAAUGGUUGAGAAAGGUCACUUCUUAGAGCUGUCUCAGUUGCUGGAAAUGUUAAAUGAUUCACAGUAUAACCCUCAGCGACAGACUUUUGUUUUCUCUGCCACUUUGACUUUAGUUCAUCAGAUUCCCACAAGACUUCUGCAAAAGAAGAAUGCUAAAAAGAUUGACAAGAAGACCAAACUAGAAUUGUUAAUGGAAAAAAUAGGAAUAAAGGCCAAACCCAAAGUAAUAGACUUAACAAGGAAAGAGGCUACUGUUGAGACUCUUACAGAAACAAGAAUCCAUUGUAAUACAAACGAGAAGGACUAUUACCUCUAUUACUUCCUUCUGCAGUAUCCAGGAAGAACUAUGGUCUUUGCAAACAGCAUAGACUGUGUAAAACGCCUCAGUUCUCUCCUCACAAUCCUAAAUUGCAAUCCUCUUCCUUUGCAUGCCAACAUGCACCAGAAGCAAAGGCUGAAAAACCUGGAAAGGUUUGCUGAGCGAGAGAGCUGUGUCCUUCUGACAACAGAUGUUGCAGCUCGUGGUCUUGAUAUUCCCAAUGUGCAGCAUGUCAUCCACUACCAGGUCCCCCGUACUUCUGAGCUGUAUGUACACAGAAGCGGCCGAACAGCCCGAGCUGCCAGUGAAGGCCUCAGCCUAUUACUGAUUGGCCCUGAAGAUUUGAUCAAUUUCAGGAAGAUUUAUAAAACAUUGGAGAAGAGUGAAGAGCUGCCAUUUUUCCCAGUUGAAACCAAGUGCAUGACUUCUAUCAAGGAGCGGGUGAAUUUGGCUCGGCAGAUUGAGAAGGCAGAGUAUUUCAACAGCCAGGCAAAGCAACAUAAUUCCUGGCUCCAGCAAGCUGCAGAUGCUCUUGAGAUUGACCUUGAUGAUGACAUGCUUAUGGGAAAAAGAGCUAGUGAGCAAGAAGAAAGCCAGAAGCAAAAGAUGCUGAAGGGGAUGAAAAAACAGCUAAAACAUAUGUUGUCCCAGCCACUGUUUAAAGUCCUUAUGAAAACCAAGUAUCCAACACAGUCUGGAAAACUACUUCUGCCUCAGACAUCAGUGCAUAUUUCAGAAUCCGCUCUGGGUACCGUGUCCAAACACCAAGCCAAGAAGAAAAAAAAGCCAGAAGAGAAGAAGAAACAGCAACCAGACAGCCCAGCA